CGGAUUGGGGGGCGUGGCCCGCGGGCAGUCCGUUGCGUACACGCCCGUUCGGCGAACUACAGGACCCGCGGCACAGCCGUCUUCCGCAGGACAACGUCGCCGUGUCGGCCAGUCGAUCGCGCGCAACACGUCCGGUUGACGACCGAUCCCAAUGCACACACGUCCACAUGUAUACGCGCAGACAUAAUAUGUUAUAAUAAUAUUCUGACGCGAUACCGUAAUAUUACAUAUUAUAUUCCGUCAGCAUAUCGCCCCGGUUAUCGCGGUCCGCUCCACGCUCGUGUGUGUGUCUGUGUAUGUGUGUGUGUGUGUGUGUGUGUGUGGAACGAUGACGACGAUAUUAUAAGGCCGUCGUCGUAACAUAAUAAAGUGCAUAAACCUCAUUAAUUGUUUCGCGUAUUAUUGUUUCCGUUCGGAACACACAGCUCGGAAAACGGAUUUUUCGCGUCGGUCCGCGACAAACUGCUAUUAAGCGGUAUUAACCGCGGCGUGGACGGCGUUCCGGAACGCGAUCGGACUUGGUUUAUCUUUUCUAAUAUUGUACACACGUAGGCCUAUACCGACGGGGGUACUAUGAUGAUGUUGCAAAACCCGCUGUUCCAGGAGUACAACACCGCUCUGUCGCAGUUGCUCGAACUGCACCAACAGCAACACCGGUACCACCAUCACCAGCAGCACCAGCACCAACAACAUCACAUCACCAACAGACAGUUGCAGCUGCACCGCGCGGCCGGCAACGGAUCGUCCGCCGCAGCAGCCGUCGCCGCCACGGCCGCGGGAGUGUUCCAGAGUUACGCGGGUGGCGCGAGGACGGCCAGCCGGGACAGCGCCGAGUCGGACGGGCUGAGCUCUUCGUCGCCCAGACCGUCCAAGCCGUUCACCAUCGACGCGAUACUCGGCCUUCAAGCGGGCGCCGUGGGCCAGUCCGCCGCGGCGACCGCGAUCGACCCGUCGAACGCGGGCCCGGUCACCGCGCUCGAUUUUUCCACCGGUUCGGCGGCGGCUCACGGCAAAAAACUCCGUGAAGACAAAAUUGAAGGUUCCAGUAAAAAACACGGUUGUUCUGGAAAAUCUAAAAGAGUACGAACAAUAUUCACUCCAGAACAAUUAGAGAGGUUAGAGAUGGAAUUCGAACGUCAACAAUACAUGGUGGGUCCAGAAAGACUAUAUUUGGCUCACACUUUACAGCUAACGGAAGCACAAGUUAAAGUUUGGUUUCAAAAUCGUAGAAUAAAAUGGAGAAAACAACACCUAGAAAUACAGCAACAGAGGUUGGCUAAUAUACAUCAACGGAGUACGCAGGGAAUGGUUCAGGAGUGUGAAGAAGACGAAGAUUCAGAAACAGAAACAAAUAAUUGUUCAUAUUACUCAUAAAAAUGAUAAAGAAAAUAAUAUGUAGUUUUUCAUAACUCUGUGUUUGAUAUUGAAACGUAGCAAAUCCAUCCAUUGUAAUUUUAAGAAAUACGUGAAAAUUAUUAUAAUAUUAUAAAAUCGCAUUUCUCGAAAAAAAAAAUCGUUAUACCAUAAUAUCAGACAAAUUGAAAAAUGAGAAACUUUUUUUUUCGUGCGAACUUUUCCUGUUAUUUGUAUUUUUCAAGGCAUUAAUUAUAAUAUGCUUAAAUAAUUGUAAUAUUAUACAAAAUUACCGAGAAUCAUAAAAAUUGCUUUAUAACUACAACUUAUAAAGAUCGAACGGAAUUUUGAUGAUAGCUUUAACCACUGCAAAUUGAUGAAAAUCUAUAUACACUUAAUCUGAUGUGUUUAAUACUGCAAGAUCGUUAAUAAUUAGCAUUUUAGAAUAUAAUAUUUAGGUUAGAUGUUCCAUUAUUAUUAUUUAUUAAAUAUUACCUAUGUUGAUAAAAUGUAAAUAUAUAUUCUAUAAUGUUGUAAAUAAAUCACAAAACGUGUUUA